GGAGGAUAUCCUGUUCUCCCAGCCAGCCUCGCCGGGGCGCGGCUCUCCAACUCGCAGCGGUUUGUCGCCGCGUGCAGGGCGCGGAGCUGCCCUGCCCAGCCCCCAGACUGGCCCACGCCAGGUGGAGUACUUGGGGCGCUCCUUUAACAGCCCCGACCGCAGCAUGCCGGCGCCGGCGGCCAUCUUCUCGCUGGUGGCGACGAUGGUCGGCGGCGGGGUGCUUUCGCUGCCCUACGCCAUGAGCCAGUGUGGGAUCGUGCUCGGCACCCUGUCGCUGUUCCUCGCAGGCGCCGCGACAUUCUGGACGCUGGAGAUGCUGGUCGAGUGUGCCAGAAGUACGGGCCGCGACACCUUCGAGCUCGUCGGCCACGCGGCCCUCGGGGAGCCGUGCCGCAAGGCUACCAUCGCGCUGGUGUUCGCCAUAUGCUGGCUGUCCCAGGUGGCCUACUUCGUCCUGCUGGCCGACCUUCUCGUGCCGCUCGUGGACGGGACCACGACGUUGGUGACGCUGAUCCCGCGGAUGAUGACGGGUUAGGGCCUGCAGCGCGCGGCGCCCAGCCGCGCACCGGGCGGAAGGCGGCCGAGCAGGCAGCCCCCGUCGGCCUCGAGCCGCGCCCUGGGCAGGAGAGCACCUGUGGCCGUCGCUGCUGCACGGGCUUGAGUCGUCGAACGCCCAGCGAAGGGUCGUGCUGGCGGUCGCCACCUUGGUCCUGUCGCCCAUGUGCUUCAGGACAGC